AUGUGGCGCGCGGGACUUGUGGCGGUGGAGUCGCAGCUCUUUAGCGUGGCGCAACGCCAUCUUCAGGUAAUUUUUGGCGCAGCACAUGUUUCCCGUGUCGACGAUUGUGUCGUGUUUGAGUUUUCCCCGCUCGCUGAGGAUGAGGAGGAUCGGCUGGGGGGUGAGGUGCAGAGGCUCUUCACGGCUCUUGUGCGUGAAGUGACUGGCCGGACGAGUCUCCGCUUUGCCGGUGAGGAUGAUGAGACGGAUGUCACCUCGCUGAAGGAGCACGCUGUGUCGUUCAGCAAGUUCAUGGCCGACGUCGUCGAAGUAGACGCCUUGCCAGGGGCGUUGGAGUCCCUGCCAAGCCAGCCGCAGGUGUGUGAGAUGCUUGAAAUGCUCUACGCGGACGUGGUUGGGGAUGUAGAGAAGGGGGCACGGCUUGUGACGCGGUUUCCCAAGCUGAUGUGCCCUACUGGCACACGCUGGGACAUUCUCCUUGCAAAGUCGGUUUGUAUACAAGUUUACUCCAAAUCUGAAAAGAAACUGGUGCCAGAUUCGAUGGAGGCGGUCAUGAAUGAUUCUAUAAUUUCAGCCUCCAUGUCGGUCACAACGCGACUGCCACAAGGUCCCUUAAUGAAGGUGUGGAUGGAUCUGCGGGUGUUGGCGGACGCCAUCUCUUCCUAUUCCACCGCACCGAUUGAGAGUGAGCUCCCGUCUCAGUGGCGCAUGAAGUCGUUUACGUUGCUUGAGGCGCCAGAGGUGCUGCAUCUGGUGCAUGACUCCCUCUGUUUUUAUUGGAACCACAACCCGCGGAACGAGCGUACAAAGGUGAACGCCACCUCCCUGCUAUAUAUUGUGUCGGGGGAGCUUCGGGAGUACAUCAAGGGGCAAAUUCUGCUCGAGAGCUCCGACUGGCGCGGACCUUGGCGCAUGAACCUCGAGCACCUCGAGAAGGCGCUGGCGCUGAUUAAGCAAUGGAAAAAGACAACACAGACGCUUCUCAAGGAGGAGUGGGCGGGUUGGGACGGAGGCAGAUUCCACGAUGAGACACUUGAAAACUUCUCUGUGCGCCUUCGCGACGUUGUCCAAAUCCGACAGCUGCUAGCCAGCGCGUCUAAACUUCUCCAGGGGAAGGUGGAAAGCACCACUGCGCCGGAGGUUAUUUUCGAGGAGGAGAGCCUCACGGACAGCAGGCGAACAUCCGAUGAGCGGUGGGCAGAGUGCAGGGAAAAGUUUGAAAAGGAAUUCUCCUUCCUGGAAGACAACCUGCGGGGGCGUGUGAGGCAACUGUUCGCCAGCCAGCAGCAAGCGUCCGCUAUCCCAAUGCGUUUGCUGCAGCAGCAUCACACACUGCUUCGGAGAGAAGGCAUUCGCAGUGGUAUUGCGAAGGAACUGGAGGAGGUGAGAGAUUUGUUGAUUCAGCAGGUAGAAAAAGUACGUGGACGCUAUGAGAACAAAAAGCUUCGAGCCACUACAGAUCUCCAAACGUUACGUUUACUGCAGAGCUGUCAGGCGGAGUGCGCGGAGGUGCCGGAGACUGCGGCGAAAUUAUUUGGGCCCUCGGAACACCUUGAGAAGGUGCUGGAGUCGGCACGAGCCCUGAUGCAGGAGACGCAGGGAACCGAGCAAGAGGUGCUAGCCUCAUGGAAGCAAACGAUGGAGGUACAGUGUAAGAAAGCCAUGGAUCUCCCAGACGCCUUUGUCAUUAGUGGGGUUGGCAAGGACUAUAUCGUCUGUACGCUACAUGCGUCGGUUAAGCAACUCCUGCAGGAAUUUCAUAACAUGCGUAGCUGGUUGGGUGGUGGGGAGGGCUCCAACACAAAGGCUGCGGGUGCUGAGAAGAACACGGAUGGACGACGGCGAAGCAGCAAGGGCGACAACAACAGCAGCAGCAGCAGGAACAGUAAUGCCACUCAGCGUCGCACCAACAGCCACAACGGUGCCCCAUGCGACAUGGGGUCAUUACUCAGUGAGGAGGUGAUGCGCACAAUUAAUUUGUGCGAGCGACUCAUGAGUGCCGCGACACGGGCGAUGCAAAUAGUGGGUAACUACAAUACAGUGCAGCGGCAAAUGCUGCGUUGCACCCGCCCUAUAUUGGAUGCUGCGUCGACGCAUGUACGGACACAAGUUUUUUACGGAGGCACGGAGAGUCGCGUCAUUCCGCUUGCCAAUUAUCAUGAGCUGGAGGGAAUUAACAUGCGGUUUCAAAACGCUGUGGAGGCGCUCAGUAACGACAAUCGGGGCAUUCGCCGCUUUCACUGCGAUUUUAUUAGUCAAGUGAUUGCGCUCCAUAACGUGGACCUUGCACGGCACAUGGACCAGUGGCGAAGCGCCGUGGAUGGCAUGCGAACCUCCUUCGUGGAAUUCCUUCACACCCACCACUUUGGGAGCCACAACGCCUGGCGACGGCACCUUGACGCCCAGAUUUACAAGGCGCUGGAGCACCAGUACCAACGCGGCUUAGAGACUUUGCAUGAAAAGAUGGACGAAUUGAAGGUGGAACUUGUCUUCAAGCAGGGGCAAGUGCAUUUUAAACCAACCUUUGAGGCGAUGCGAGAGGCGUAUUACGUUAAACUGCGUGAGUUCGUGAGUGUGCCGCUGCGAUUUCGCGGAUUACAGGAAAAGCGGGAAUCUGGUGGACCGUAUGAGAUGUAUGAAAUUAUGCCACUCGUAAAUAAGGACCGCCUUGUCACUGUUCAUCUCAAAGCGUUGGAACUGUUUUCAAAGCUUACCCGCUUGCGGAAGGCAUUCCAGGCGCAUAUGGUGAUCGGCGCAUGUGGCGUCAACGGUGCCCCAGACAUUGACACGGUGGUGGAGGAGGUCUGCAAAACUCUUCCGCAGUUUGUGGAUGGCUUCAGGAUUAUUAAGGAACAAGCACAAAAGCUUCAGUAUAUCGAAAACACCAUGAAGGUGGACUGCUUUACGGUCAGCACAAUUCCUGCGAAGGCUAGCAUGGAGGAACAGCUCCACCGUCUUGAGGAGUCGUUGCUGAAUGCGAUGCGUAAGAAGAUAAAUAAGUCGCUGGUAGACGUUGAUGACUUUGUGUUUAAUGCCUCCAACAUUAUCACGCGACAGCCCACGACGAUGGAUGAGGUGGGACAAGCAAAUAAGGCGUACUACGAGUUUGUCGAAACCAUGCCGUCGUACCAGGCGAAGUUCACGGAGGUGGAGGAGUUGAACCGCGUGCUGCGCCAGCAGUCUGGCACGGCAAUCGACCUCAGCGCCACAAAGUCGCGUUGGGAGCAUUUGUCGGAGGCAAUGGCAUCCCACCACAAAAUCAUUGACGCUUCCGUGUCAAAGAUGCGGGUCUCACUGGAUAGUAUGAUACAAAAGCACCUCAAAGAUGGACAACGCUUUACAAACAAGUGGGAAAAGCAGAAGCAGCAGUUGAUCGUUGCCUUUAAGGAGAACAAGAUGGAGCUCAUCAACAAGACAUUGUCCACCUUGAAGGAUGAGUCUCAGGAGCUGGGGGAGUUGAAGGCGCAAGGAAGUGAUCUUGAGUCCAAGUGUGAGUACUUCAAACUUCCACCUCCCAACUUUUACCAGUUUAAUCUUACUGUGGAGGAUGUGACAGAAACAGCCGCCAUGUGGAAGCUCUACGAAAACUUUAGGGAAGACCUACUUGUACUGCGCAAGGAAGACUGGCUGACGUUUCGUUCCCACAUAUACGCAUUUGAGGACUUCAUUAAGGGGUGGCAAGGCAAGCUCGCGGCGGGCGAGAUCGCCAAGACCGACGGCAGUGUGAGCGGAGUCAUCGUCGACUACCUGGGCGCCCUACUUCAGGAGUGGUCCACGCUUCUUCCCCUCCUGCGCUUUGUACGUGGUGAGGGCAUGAUGACGGAGCACUGGAAUGAGAUGUUUCGUUUGCUGGGGAUUGAAAAGGGUAUGAAGAGCGCGGACCUCACCUUUGGCGACAUCCUUGACCACUACAAGCAGAUCAUCGCCAAGGAAGCCGAGCUGAAGCAACUGCACGCAAGGGCCCAAGGCGAGGUCCAAAUACGUGAUGCCUUGCAAGAUUUGCGGGCCUGGGCGCUGGAGGCGGUUUUUGCACUUAUGACCCCCACGGACUCCUCGAUACCUGAAAAGGUGAAGCUCAUCACGGAGUGGAAGGAGACGUUGACGCAGGUGAGCGACAACCAGGCUCUCAUCAAUUCGCUCAAGGACAGCCCUUUUUUUCCGCACUUUGCCGAUGAAGUUUCUGGCUGGGAAGUUAAACUUGCGACCCUCGCCGAGGCGCUGGCUCUGAUGAACACCAUUCAACGAAAGUGGACGUAUCUCGAGCCUGUCUUUGCCCGUGGUGCCCUGCCGCAGGAGCAACCCCGGUUCAGGCGGGUGGAUAAGGAAUUUGUCGCCAUUAUGAGAGAGGUUGAGGCGGAUCCACGUGUGAUGAGUAUUGGCUCUCAGACCGACAUUGUGGAUCGCCUAAGGAGCAUUUUGGAGCAAGUUGAACGCUGUCAAAAGUCUUUGAUAGAGUUCUUGGAGGCGAAGCGUGAGAGCUUUCCACGCUUCUACUUUAUUAGCGAUGAAGACAUGCUGGAGAUUCUUGGGCACAGCAAAAACCCCUCCGUGAUUCAAGCACACCUAAAGAAGCUCUUUAUGGGCAUCCACUUCGUUGUGUUUAGUGAGGACGAGAAGGCGAUUACGCAUAUGGUAUCUGCGGACAAGGAGGAAGUACAGCUUGCGGAGCAAAUAUCUAUAGCUGACGACGAUGAUGUGGAAAAGUGGCUUUCUCGUUUGGAUGCCCAAAUGCGGGAAACAUUGCGUGGUCUUUUGAUAGAGUGUGUAAGGGUCGAAGAUGUGGCAGCGCCAGCCGUGAUGGAUGUGUUUCCAUCGCAGCUCCUUCAGGUGGCGCAGCAGGUGCAGUUUACGACGGCAGUGCAGGAGGCAAUUGAGUCGGGGACACUUGCUAUGCUCGCUAAGGCCUUGCGAAGCAAACUCACGCGUCUGACGGAAGUCACCAGGGGAGAGAACCAGGUGCUUACGCUUAAGGUCAAGUCCCUCAUCCUUGAUGUGAUCCAUAGCAUUGAAAUUGUGGAUUUACUACAUGCAAAGGGUGUCCGUUCACUGGAUUCAUGGUGGUGGCAAAAGCAGUUACGCUACUACAUGGCUGACGGUUCCCGCUGCGUCGUCUCCAUGAUGGAUACCAAGUUUUUGUACACCUACGAAUACCAAGGCAACGCACCAAAACUGGUGCACACUCCCUUGACCGACAAGUGUUAUCUGGUGCUUACAAAAGGCAUGGGACUUGGCUAUGGUGGUAACCCGUACGGACCUGCCGGCACGGGUAAGACGGAAUCGGUCAAGGCGCUAGGGUCUGCGCUGGGUCGACAGGUCCUUGUGUUUAACUGCGAUGAGGGUAUUGAUUUCAAGGCGAUGGGUCGGAUUUUCAUUGGCAUCGUAACCUGUGGCGCAUGGGGUUGCUUUGAUGAAUUUAAUCGCCUAAAAAUAGAUCAACUAUCUGCGCUUUCGCAAAUGAUUCAAGUGAUUCAAGAGGCGCUAAAGAAUCGUGAGCCCACGUGUACGCUGCUUCACCGCUCUAUUCAAGUGAAUGAGAACGCCGGUAUCUUUGUGACGCUUAACCCCAAAGGGAAGGGGUACGGUGGGCGGACAAAACUGCCGGACAACUUGAAACAGCUCUUCCGUGAGGUGGCCAUGAGUGCGCCAGACAAUGAGUUGAUUACCUCCACAAUGUUGUUUUCCGAGGGCUUUACACACGCCAAAUUGCUUUCCAAGAAGAUUGUGGAACUUUACCGCCUUUGUGGGCAACUGAUGACAAAGCAGCAACACUAUGACUGGGGGUUGCGCUCACUGAAGGCGGUGCUGUGUCUGGCGGGAUCUCUAAUGCAUACAUGGAAGAGGGAAAAUCAAGGGAAAGAUUCCAGUGAAGAGGAGGAGACUGAACUCAUCUUACAGUCUUUAAAUACCAAUACGUUGAGCAAGCUUACCGAGGAUGAUGCAAAUCUGUUUAGAGGAAUAACAGCAGACAUGUUUCCUGGAGUCGCGUCUCGUGAAAUCACAUAUGGGGAACUGCAGUCAGCCAUUGAAGAGGCCGUGCAGAGGUUGAGACUGCAACUCAUCCCGGCACAGGUAAGUAAGGUGCUGCAGUUGCACGAAGCUUUGAAGCAGCGCAUGGGUGUGGUCUUAGUUGGGCCAAGUGGCAGUGGCAAGAGCACCUUGCUGCGUAUCCUCCGCAAAGCGUUACAACUUCUUCACUUUGAGGUACCGCUUUAUGUUAUGAAUCCGAAGGCGGUUCCACGUCACCGGCUUCUCGGACACAUGGACCCCGACACACGAGAAUGGUACGAUGGCGUGCUCUCCGCUGCGGCACGUGAGGUGGUGAAGUGCCCUAAAGAGCAUCGCCCUUGGAUCCUGUGCGACGGCGACAUUGACCCAGAGUGGGUGGAGUCAUUGAACUCUGUGCUGGACGACAACAAGCUGCUUACCCUUCCCAACGGCGUUCGAAUUCAAUUUGGCAAUAACGUGAACUUUAUUUUUGAAACGCACAGUUUGGCGUAUGCGUCGCCUGCCACCGUCUCUCGCAUGGGUGUGAUUUUGUUUUCUGCGAAGGACAUCAGUCUUGAGUGCGCAGUGGAGUCUUUUCUGGAGAAACAAACACCUGAAUGCAGGGAAACUUUGGGUCCCCUCAUCAAGAAGUACGUUAUUCCGGCCGUGGAGAAGGCCUUGGAGUUGGGCGCUCUUAUUUUGCCAACCACGCCUCUAGGCAUGAUCAACUGCUGUCUUGCACACGUGCUGCAUGCCAUUAACGAGGAGGACUUUGUUCUCACACUCAUACGGGGUUUGUGUGGAAUGCUGCAUCCACAGGGCUCUCAGCAGAUUUCCGCCACGCUGUACGAGCUCAGCCAACUAAGCCCCAUUUCUAGCAAACGCCCUUUUGACACGUUCUAUGAUCGUGAGAGGAAGCGUCUUGCCGAGUUCUCCGCUGAUCUGCGCGUCGAUGUCGCCCCUGAGGCGCUUCUCAGCACGGAGGCUGUGAUUAACACCACGGAUGUGCAGCGUCUCUUGGCAACACUUGAGCCGCUUGUGGAUGACUCCCACUGUCGUCCAUUCUUUCUUGUCGGAAGUGAGGGUUGCGGAAAGAGCAUCAUCCUACAACGGUGCUUUCUACGCUACCCUGGUAUAAAGACAACCGUACUUCACUGUAGCGCACUAACGACGUCAGUGCAUCUUAUACAGAAGCUAGAACAGCUCUGCACCCUUUCCAGCACCAAUACAGGCCAUGUCUACCGACCAAAGGAGGGUGAGCGACUUGUAGUGAUUAUGAAGAAUGUGAACCUGCCCAAGCCAGAUAAGUAUGGCACCGUAGAACUUCAUGCAUUUUUAUUGCAAUUAAUUAUGUAUCAUGGUUUCUACAACAGUGAGUUGGAGUGGAUCGGUGUCGAAAAGAUUCAGUUUGUCGCCAGCAUGAACCCUACUACCUCGGCAGGACGCUAUGAGGUGUCACCGCGUCUUCUGGCGAGUGUAUGUAUUGUGUCCAUGUCCUACCCCUCACGCGCCGGUCUCAUACAAAUUUAUACGGCCUACUUCUCGUUGCUCUUGAAACGCACGGCUAUUGACGGUGGAGCGGGGUGCAACGAUGGCAGUAGUUUGGCACAGUUUGUGAUUAACGUGUUUGAAAGAAUUCGACGUCGCUUUGAGGGGGAGGAAUACGCCUACUGCCUGUUUUCGCCGCGCAGCAUAACUAACUGCGUCACCAAUCUCAUGAUGUAUGCGAUUGAUGCUCAAACGACAACUCUGCCUGCGGCCUUGGCUCAUGAGUGCAUGUGCAUUUUCGCUGACUGCCUUUCCCGGACGGACGAUCGACGACGUGCAGAAAAAAUUAUUUCUGAUGUGCUCGCAACCAUCGGCUACUCGAUGCCGCCGAAGGAGGAAAGGAAUCCUAUUAUGUUCGUCUCAUGGUUCAGUGAGGUGGAUGAACGUGGGGUAAAGCCGCUUAGAGGGGUUCCGUAUGAGAUGAUUGCGGCCGAGGUGGGACAGGCCUUGGCGAAGUACGGUCGAGAAUUCAGGGAGCUCAAUGUGCAUGUCAUUCCCGAGGCACUUGCGUGGAUCACACGCAUUGAUCGUGUCUUGGCACGUCCUGUCGGUCACCUCAUUCUCGUUGGUCGACCUGGUGUUGGCCGCCGCGGCGCGGUGCACCUUGCGUCGUAUAUGCUGUGCAUGCAGGUGGUGACACUGAACAUGAUACAAGGAUACAGUGUGAAGAACUUCCGCAAUGACAUACGGCAGUUUGUGCAACGGGCCACAACACAAAAUGAGCGUCUGGUGCUUUUGCUGGAUGAGCAUAACAUUGUGGAUGAGAGUUUUCUUGAAAUGAUCAAUAGUCUUGUGAGCAGUGGCGAUAUCCCUGGCCUAUUCACGCCAGAGGAACUGGAGACGAUGUUUACCUCGCUGCGGGAGGACGCGUCCAGCGAUGGGUAUAUUGGGACUAUUUACUCGUACUUUUUGAUGCGUCUACGCCGCAAUCUACGUCUCGCACUGGUCAUGGACAGCCAUUACCCUCUAUUCCUCGUGCGUCUGCAGUCCAACCCAGGGCUGCUCAGCAAUUGUGAUUUGCUCUGGAUGGGGACUUGGAGCAACGAUGCGACGCGGACAAUCUGCAAGAAACGGCUGAAGGGCAUAAUUAAGCUCAUUGAAGCAGAACCAGCCAAUAAGGGGUUUCACCUGCCACAGGAGCUUUUCGCCGUGCAUGAAACAUUUGGACACGAGGCCACGCCAGGGCGAUUUCAGGUGUUUAUGGAGACGUAUAAAAAAAUUUUGCUAAAUAAGAGCCAGAACAGUGGGGCGGAUCUUAAGCGUCUGGAGACGGGUCUUGCAAAGUUGCAUGACGCGGAAGCGAAUGUGGAGGGGAUUCGACGCGGCGUUACCCGCAAAAAGGAAGAGGUGGAGGCGAUGCAGCGCGAGGCCGACAACGCCCUGACAGAGAUCCAGAAGAAGAUGGAGGAAUCCAAGGAGCAGAGAGACAACGCGCAGGAGUUACAAGAGCGACUUAAGGAGGAGCAUGAGGAGAUAGUGGUGAAGCGGCAGAAGGUAGAGGAUGAACUGAGUGGAAUCAAACCCUCACUCGAGGCGGCACGUGAGGCGGUGAGCUCGAUCCGCAGCGAGCAACUCAAUGAAAUUCGUUCCCUCAAGGCCCCACCGGAGCCGGUGCGGGAUGUGCUUGAGGGCGUCCUCGCCCUUCUCGGCGUCACAGACGUGUCAUGGCAGUCGAUGCGAAAAUUCCUCGGGGAGCGUGGGGCGAAGGAGCGUAUUCUUGACUUUGACACCGGAAAAGUGACCUCGGCCAUACGUGAGAAUGUGGGUCGGCUGCUGCAUCAAAAGGCGACCUCCUUCCGACCGGAGGUGAUUUACCGCGCGUCGGUUGCGGCGGCGCCAAUGGCUGCCUGGGUGAAAGCCACCGUCGACUACUCCACCAUUCUUGACAGCAUCUCUCCGCUGAACCUGCAACUGCAGCAGCUCGAGAAGAACCAGACCGUGGGCGAGCAGCAGUUGCACGCACUCAAGAAGAAACUGAAGCACAUUGAUGCGGCUGUUGAGGAUCUACGACAGGAGUUCUCAAAGAAGUGUAAGGAGGCUGAGCGACUGAAGGAUAUACUUGCAAAGGCUGAGAAGGAACUUUCGAAGGCGUGUGACCUGCUUGAGAAGCUUAGCGGUGAGAAGACACGUUGGGCGCAGGAUAUAGAGAAAAUUGAAACAAACAAUCGUCUGCUGCCCAAGCGGGCCCUUCUCUCGGCCGCAUUCAUGACGUAUAUCGCAAAGGAAACCGAAGAUGUGCGUCAACGGUAUUUUAAAAAGUGGUCCGACCGUUUAAACUUCCCAUCGGUGGUGACAGUAACUGGCUUCAUGCGGAGUGAGAGCGAUUUGCUGCAGUGGAAGAGCGAAGGUCUACCACGAGAUGAUCUGAGCCAGGAGAAUGCCAUCGCCAUGCUGGAUGCGGUGCAAACGCCACUCGUCAUUGACCCGGCGAAUCAGGCGAUUGAGUGGAUGAGGACACAUCUACAGAACAACAGCGUCGUGACGGAGAUCACGUCCGUGCAUGAUGAACGCUUUGCCCACACACUGGAGCUUGCAGUGCGGUUCGGAAAAACCCUUCUCGUGGUGGACGUCGAUGGAAUUGAGCCUAUUUUGUAUCCACUGCUGCGACGAGAACUUCUCUCAACAGGAGCCAAACGCGUUGUACAGGUGGGUAGCAAACAAGUUGAUUGGCAGGACACAUUCCGUAUUAUGCUCUUUACACGGCGCACUGACCUUGCCCUCCCCCCAGGGGCCGCGGCGUUGGUGUUGGAAGUAAACUUCUCAGUCACAAGAUUCGGUCUCGAGAAUCAGCUUCUGGGGGUGACAAUUCAACAUGAGAGGCCCGAACUUGAACAGCAACGUGUGGAGUUGCUGCAACGGGAAGAAAAGCUCAAACUGGAACUUGGUAAGCUUGAGGACCGACUACUAAAUGACCUUGCCAGUUCGCAUGGAAAUCUGUUGGAGAAUGUGGCUCUGGUUGGGGCUCUCAAUGAUGUGAAGAUGCAGGCCUCUAGUAUUACGGAGGCACUACAACAGUCCCACUCUCUCCAAGUUGAGUUGGACGAGAAGCGCAAUGUAUAUCGUCCGUUUGCCGGCAAGGGAGCCACCAUUUUCUUCCUUGUGAAGGAUCUGGAGAAAAUGAAUCGCAUGUAUCACUUUGGACUCAGCGACUUUAUCGACUUAUUCGUUGAUUGCCUUCACGCGUACUGCGGAGACUCGGAUGUGGAGCUCAAAGUAAAAUCUCUUACCCUCAGCUUUGCGCAGAAGUGUUUCUUUCACGUCAGCGUGGGUCUUUUAAAAAGUGACCGUCUUGUAUUUGGGAUGCAUCUGCUGCAGGGCUUCUUCCCAGAUGAAUUUCCUUCGCCGCUGUGGAAUGUGUUUAUUGGGGUUGCCACCGCCACGGCUGGUGCGACGUCCACGAAUGCAACCGGCACUAAUGGCGGGGAUCUGGAAUUCCCGGCAUGGGCUCCAGCGACAUCGCGGACGAAGUUUUCCACGAUCGCCGCGGAUGAGCAGGCCGCGGGGGAAAUGCAAAAGUGGCAGCUGGGCGACAGCGGACGGUGGAGCAAAUGGAUGCUGGAAAUCUCACCAGAGGAGAGUCUUGCGAAGGAUGUAAGCCUCACACUAAUGGAUCAACUUCUUAUUAUUGGCACCUUUCGGCCGGAUCGCUUGUCGGAUUUCAUGCAUCAUGCCGUUGUGAAACUCUUAAAGCUUGACACGCUCGUGCCCGUCACCUCACUGGAAGAAAACCUCAGUCACGGCAAGGCCACCACGCCCCUGAUUCUCAUCACUUCCAGGGGAGCAGAUCCAAGUCUGGAGAUUCAAGACAUUGCACUACGGCUUGUGGGGAAGGAACACUUUACGCAGAUUGCGCUGGGUGGUGGCCAGACCGAGGAUGCUAUGCUGCACCUUCGUCGGAGUGCUGCACAAGGGGACUGGCUCUUUCUGAAAAAUUUGCACCUUGUACUGGACUGGGCGUUGAUACUUGAGAAGGUAUUGUGCGCCAUGCCGAGCCCCAACCCGGGGUUCCGCCUUAUAAUCACAACGGAACCGCAUGAUUUAUUCCCCGUCGUCUUGUUACGUAUGUCGUCGAAGGUGACGAUAGAGGCACCUCCAGGCGUGAAGCAAAACCUUUUGCAAUCCUAUACGACAUGGGAUGAGGCGUUUCUACAGGGCAAAACAAAGACGACCUCCCAGGUGCUCUUUGGCUUGGCCUGGUUCCAUGCCGUUCUGCAGGAACGGAGAGGUUACGUUCCACAAGGGUGGGUGAAAUUCUACGAGUUUUCUUCCACUGACCUCAAGUCUGCCGCGGAUGUGCUCUGCACCUUGUCGCGUGAUAAGGUGGACUGGACAACAGCACGUGGAUUACUAAAAGAAUGCAUUUACGGUGGACGUUUAGAAAACUCACACGAUGAGCGUGUACUGGAGCGGCUUGUCUUCAGAAUCUUUAACGAUGAAACCCUUGUGUUUUGCGAACAGACGCUGUACGAUGACAUCCAUGUGCCCGCGACAAACGUGCAUAGGGCAGUUGUGCAAUUCAUACGCGAGCACCUUCCUGAUGCAGAGUCUACAUCUAUACUGAGUCUUCCCGAUAACGCGGAUCGUGCCGUGAAGGAGCAAGUUGCUGUGACAUUGCGAGAGAAUUUGCGCUCCUUCUCACAGCUAGCGCAGGUCAACGCCUCAGCGACGGAGACCUGGCGAACGCUGCUUGCCCCUGUUUUGGAGCUGUGGACGAAUACGGGUCUGGAGACCCAAGGAAGUAUGGCUGCUGUUUCAGCCGGCGGCGACACGAAGAAUCCGAUGACGGUUUUCUUUAUGAGCGAAGUGGACCUGCUGCUGGGCAUCGUCUCGGCUCUCGCGGCAACCUUUGGCGAGUUGCGCUGCGUUGUCGAAGGCACACUUAUUCCGUCCCUGGAGCUGCGUGGGGAGGGGACGGAGCUCAUCGGUGGCCGGGUGCCAGCAAGAUGGUUGGACCUUAUGGACGGCCCCAAAGAUGUGCAGCUGUGGCUUGCCCUCCUGCGUCGACGGAGGGACAUGAUGAUGGAAUAUGCAAAACUUCCCUUCUCCCCAUCGUCAACGUCGUUUGACUUGAUGGACUUUUUGCGGCCCCAAACGUUUCUCAAUGCCUUGCGGCUCCACACUGUGCGUGUGAGCAAUGACGCUCUCGUUGAGUUGAAGCUUGUGGCCGCGCCCCUCGGCGGCGUUGCGGACGGGGUGGGAAUUGGUGUCUUACUUAAGGGGAGGUCCAUUCACCUUCAAGGGGCGUUGCUGGAUGCGCAGGGUGUGGUUUCGUUGGCAUCCGCAACCUCGCCGUCCUCGACGCCGUUGGCGUGUGACUUGCGGGCUGGAUGGGUGAGCAAGCGGCAGACGGACGGCAUGGUGGCCCAGGUCCCCCUUUACACAAACGCUGAGCGCACCACACCUAUUAUGGAUCUCUCUGUCCGUUGCGACCCCGACCUUGCGGAAAAGCUGCUGCUUGGCGGAGUGGCGGCAUUUCUCAUGUCAGUGUAG